AUGGCACACCUAUUUAGCCAAACAGGCUAUAACACGCUGGCCCUUAUAGGGCAGGGCGCUUAUGGAAAGUGUUACAAGGUCCAGCAUCAGGCUACGGGGCAAAUUUUCGCCGUUAAAGUGAUGACCUAUACGAAUCCCGAGGGGAAGACACGCCAGCUCUUGGUUCAGGAGAUGAAAAUACACCGCAUGCUUGCUCACCCAAAUAUAGUUCGCUGUGUUUCUGCAACGCAUGACGAAGAUGCUAUGGAGAUACGCAUGUUCUCCGAGUUCUGCUCCGGGGGAGACUUGCAUGCAUAUGUCCAGAAGUUAGAGAAGGGCGAAUAUAUUCCGGAGGAUAGACUCUGGAGUAUCAUGGGCCAAAUUCUAUGUGCCCUCAAGUACUGCCACUCGCCUGCAAAGCCGGGUUUCGCUGUCGGCAAAAAGGUCGUGCAUAGGGACCUCAAGCCUGCAAACAUUAUGUUAACAGAUGAAGGUGUUAUAAAACUCUGCGAUUUCGGCUUUGCACGUGAAAUUGAUUUUGAUAACUCAGCAAUGACCCUUGUUGGAUCUCCGAUGUACAUGGCGCCAGAGGUCUUCCAGGGAAAAACGUAUGAUGAGAAAUGUGAUAUUUGGAGUCUGGGGGGUGUUAUGCACUUUUUGGCGUCAAAGCUAGUUCCGUAUCUUGCUAAGACGCGUCCGGAGCUAGAAAAGCUAGUGCUUGCAGAACGUAGAGCACCUUUACCUAAGCAUUAUAGCAAAGAAUUCGUAGAUACAAUAGGCAUGAUGAUGCGUCUAAAUCCUGAAGACAGGCCAUCCGCUGCAGAUUUACUCGAUCUGCCCAGAUUUGCCAACAUGUUCCCCGAUCAGGAUGUUAAUGAGGUCACUAAUCUGGACAAUCUGGAAACUGGCGAUGCAACGGAGGAGCCUGCGAAAGCGGUGGUGACUAAGAAGCCGAUGAACCCCAGUGAACUUGCAGCAAAGAUUACAGAGACAACCAAGAACAUACAGCCUGCUGCUCCCUUAAGUCCCAUGAGUGCUAACAAAGCGUCGUACGAAGCUCAGAUUGACGCCCUUAACAAGCAACUGGAUCAGCAGAACGAGCUCUUGCUUGAAGCGGAGAAGAAUAUUGGCUCAGUUACUGAGCUUGCUAAAGGGCGUCUCGAGAUGAUAGCCUCUCUUCGUUAUUCCAAAAAUGGUCGUGCGGUCACAGACAAGGGAGAAACGGCACUUAUUUUGGCCGUGAAAGUUCGUGAUUACGAGCUGAUCAAAAGACUUCUUCCCCUUGACGCUGGAAUCGGUAAUAAUUUGGGUAAAACGGCCUUAAUGUACGCAGCUGACAUGGAUGAUGCCACGUCUAUCAGGCUUCUUCUUUCAGUCGAGGGCGGGAUGCAGGACAAUCCCGGAGGCACGGCGCUUAUGAGAGCCUGUAACGGUGGGAAAGUCACUGCUGCGUCCAUGCUUCUUAUGCACGAAAAGGGCUUGGCCAAAAAGGACGGGUCCACUGCCCUUAUCUUCGCGAUUAUGAGCGGCUCUGAUACUCUGGUAGACCUUUUGGUUCCUUACGAAGCGGGAAUGGCAAUGAAGGACGGGAGAACCGCCCUCAUGAGCGCUUGUUUUGCAGGCCGCUUCUAUGCAGUCAAGAGGCUCGUCGAAAAAGAGUUCCACAUGAAGGACUCAAACGGAAAAACUUGCAUUUACUACGCCGAAAGAGGCGGACAUAAAGCGGUGAUAGACUUUGUGAAGGAGUGGGCAGAGAAGCAUCCGGAAGCAGACUAG